AUGGGCAACACCGAGAGCACCCCCGCCCGGCCGCCGCAGACCGCUCGCGCGCCCUGGGGCGCGCCCUCACCGCACUCGCCGUACCGUAGCAGACCGCAAUCCGUGAGAGAAGACCACACACCGAGGGAGGAACAGGUUCAGGAGACAUUCGGGGAAGAACCACUCCGCCCAAGUCUUCAACUCGAACCGGAGAUGCCCGGGGCGGCCCCGUCGCUCCCGGUGCAAGAAGCUGUAGCACAAGAACCAGUCCAUCCGAGUCCGCAAGAGGCUCUGGAGAUGCCUGGAGGAUCCCAUCCUCUCCCACCAGAGGCGACUUCCCCGGAAGAUACCAAUGGGGCAAAGGUCGAGACGAACGCCCCACAUAUAGAAGCUGCAGAAACACAGCUCGAGCCCUCGCCCCAUACUGAAUCAGAGGCGCACAGUCCAAAGCCCAGCGAGCAACCCGAGCCCCCGGCGACCGCAGAGAAGCCAGCCAAACCGCGCAUACAGGGCGUCUACACCCCUGUAUCUCUGACGUCGGAUUCGAUUCCGGCGGCAGCAGCGAUGGACCUCUCGGGCGGAGACCACAAGUCCGUGAUCAGCUUCCCACUGCACGGCGGCUUGAACCAGCAGUGGUCCUUCAUGCCCCUGACAAACGGCCCCGAGGGGAGCUACACGAUCCGCAGCAGGGGCGGCGGGGUGUACCUGACCGUCGAGCCGGAUCUGCGAGGCGGGGUGCUGAAAGUCGUGGCGACGGAGUUUCCGGCGAGCUGGGUCGUCGCUGAGAUUGAUUGGGAGGGACUUAGGGAGGAGAGAGUCAUCAGUAUUGGAUGGCCGAAGUCUGCGCUUGCCGUGGGCUUCGCAGAAGGGGAGGGCGGCGAGCCGGGGCACAAGGUCCAGCUCGUCGAGUCCAAUCCAGACCACGCCGAUGCGCGUUACCUGUGGAGACUAGUCCCGUCCGCGGCCGAGCACGACGACCAAGACAGCAAGCACAGCGACUGGCACAUCGGGCACCGGAGGUCCCAGACGGAAUCCACAGCAGUCGGAGCGCAGGAGGACAAGACCGGCGCCAGCCUGCAUAAGACGACACCGGGUGCGAGUGGCUGGACGGAGACGGUGGUCAGCACGACGACCACAACGACCGUGCAGACGACAAAGGAGGGUACGGUUAUUACCACUGUGACGAAGGUCGCCGAGAACGGGAACGGCGGGAGGCGGAGCGAGCGGGGGCCCGCGGGUUCUUGCGUCUUGCAGUGA